CUCCCCAUAUCUGAAUCAAAUCCUCUCUCUCCCCUUCUCUUCUCUCCCUUUUUAAUAGCUAUAUGCUUGCAUGGGAUCAGGUCUGUAUGGGGGUGUGUAGGAGAGAGAGAGGGGGGUAAAAGCUGAAAUCAGGAUACCAGGGACAGCCCCAAAAGGACUUGACUCAACGUAACUAAUAAUCAGUAGUGUCUGUGUGUGUCUGGUGCCAGUCAGUUUGUGUUGCUGGCAGACUAAACGAGAGAUUGAGUCUGUCACAUUGCCUCUGCUUGCAGCCAGCUCUAAGGUUUUUUUUUUGUUUUGUUUUUUUAAAGUGAAUGGUGUCACCAAGCAGCUGCCCACCAGUUUGUGGUUCUAGUGCAUUGAUUUCCUAUUUAUUCAAGGUGUGAAGAAUCUCAGACACUGUCCCAAUUGCCUCUUGCACUCUGAAACAGGAAGAUUGUGGGGCAUCAAAUGACCUCUCCACUCUAACCACCACCUUACCUCCAGCAGAAGACAAUAAGGAAGGAAAAACAAAACAAGCAAACAAACAAAAAAAAGAUAAACAAAAGGCAACUUUGAGGACAAAAGAGGAGGAAAAAGUGUGAAUCAUAAGAAGGAAAAAAAAGCUAAGAAAAACUUCUCAUCCUGGAGUCUUUACUUAUGAUCCAUGGGCAGAGCUUCAGCCCAUCCCAGGCUACUUACAGACCGGCUUUAAGCAAUCCGUAUUAUUGCGAAUUGCCUGGGAGAGCAUUGUCUCCAAACCAGAACAGUAUGGAAAUGAGAAGCGAGAGUCCCAGUUUAAGGGACAGUCCGGAUCGACGGAGCAACAGUCCAGAUGCUAAAAGUCCGCCCCCACUCAAGGUGGCCAGGCUGGAACAGAACGGGAGUCCGUCAGGUGCCAGGGGACGUCCGAAUGGUUCUCUCAACAAAUCUUUUGGAGGGUUGAUGCUCCCCGUCUUUUGCGUCGUGGAGCAGAUGGACAAUCGAGAAGAACAUGCAGAGUUUGUACUAGUCCGGAGGGAUGUUCUUUUUAAUCAGUUGGUAGAGACGGCUCUUCUGGCCCUGGGAUACUCCCACUCAUCCGCAGCACAGGCUCAAGGAAUCAUCAAAAUCGGACGCUGGAAUCCGCUGCCGCUCAGUUACGUGACCGAUGCCCCAGAUGUUACUGUCGCUGACAUGUUACAAGAUGUCUAUCAUGUGGUGACCCUAAAGAUCCAGUUACAGAGUUGUUCGAAGCUUGAAGAUCUACCGGCAGAACAGUGGAAUCACGCUACAGUCCGGAAUGCGUUACGGAUGCUGCUAAAGGAGAUGAACCAGAGUACCCUUGCCAAAGAAUGUCCCCUUUCUCAGAGCAUGAUCUCUUCCAUUGUAAAUAGCACAUACUAUGCCAACGUAUCCGCAACCAAAUGCCAGGAGUUUGGAAGAUGGUAUAAAAAGUACAAGAAAAUGAAAGUUGAACGGGACAAUCUUUCAGACUACUGCAUUCUGGGUCAGAGACCAACACAUUUACCAAAUAUGAACCAACUGUCAAGUCUCGGGAAAACCAAUGAGCAGUCUCCUCACAGCCAGCUUCACCACAGUCCCCCGAUUCGAAGCCAGGUCCCAACGUUACAGCCCAUAAUGAGCCCUGGACUUCUGUCUCCUCAACUUAGUCCUCAGCUGGUACGGCAGCAGAUAGCAAUGGCACACCUAAUAAACCAGCAGAUAGCUGUCAGCAGACUUUUGGCUCACCAACACCCUCAGGCAAUCAACCAACAGUUUCUAAAUCACCCACCCAUACCCAGACCUGUCAAGCCAGUGGAAUCCACCAAUUCUUCAGUGGAAGUGUCUCCUGAUAUCUAUCAGCAAGUACGGGAUGAGCUGAAGAGAGCAAGUGUGUCCCAGGCUGUUUUCGCAAGAGUGGCAUUCAACCGUACCCAGGGCUUGCUGUCAGAAAUACUUCGUAAAGAAGAAGACCCCAGAACGGCAUCACAAUCUCUUCUGGUUAACUUGAGGGCCAUGCAGAACUUCCUAAACUUGCCAGAGGCAGAGAGAGAUCGGAUCUAUCAGGACGAGAGAGAAAGGAGCAUGAACCCUAAUGUAAACCUGUUGUCCUCAUCAUCCAGCAGUCCCAGUUCCUCCCGGGUACCACAGAUGAAACCGGCCAGCACGCCAACAUCCGACAUCCAGGUAAAGGUGGAGGGGGAAAGCUCCAACGUUAGCAUCACAGCUGCCGUUUACGAUGAGAUUCAGCAGGAGAUGAAAAGGGCGAAGGUGUCCCAGGCUCUGUUUGCCAAAGUAGCUGCAAAUAAAAGCCAGGGCUGGCUCUGUGAACUACUUCGCUGGAAGGAAAAUCCCAGUCCUGAAAACCGUACUUUAUGGGAGAAUCUGUGCACCAUUCGACGCUUCCUGGGGCUUCCUCAGCAUGAGCGUGAUGCUGUGUAUGAAGAGGAGUCACGACAUCAUCAUAGUGAGAGGCUCCAGCAUGUGGUGCAACUCACCCCAGAACCAGUGCAGGUCCUUCUUGGACAACAAUCCCAACCAGCCAAAGAGACCUCCCCUCCAAGAGAAGAGACACCUGUUGCCCCACCUGCUCCUGAGGACAGCUGUACCAAAAAGCCAAGAUCCCGUACCAAAAUUUCACUGGAGGCUUUAGGAAUCCUACAGAGCUUCAUUCACGAUGUGGGUCUCUAUCCUGACCAAGAAGCCAUUCAUACUUUAUCUGCCCAGCUUGACCUCCCAAAACAUACCAUCAUAAAAUUCUUCCAGAAUCAACGCUACCACGUUAAACAUCAUGGCAUACUCAAGGAACAUCUAGGGAUUGCAGUGGAUGUGGCAGAAUACAAAGAUGAAGAGCUCUUGACAGAAUCAGAGGAGAAUGACAGUGAGGAAGGCUUGGAGGAGAUGUAUACCGUAGAACAGGGCCAGGAAAAUAGUGGCAAAAUCAAGGCUAACCAAUCUGAGGUGGAUCAGAGAUAAUGCAACUCAUCAUUCAUUAAAAAUGUAACAGCAAUACAAGUGCACAAGAAAAGUCACUAUUGUCAAAUGUAGCGCUCUCUGCUUCCUGUGGAGAGUGUGGAACAUUGAGUUGUGGUAUUGCUAUCAUCGAACCUUGCCUUGACACUUGAGUGUACAAAUGACAUCUGACUAUAAGAAACAAGAGAAAAACUUUAUUUCCAAAUAUCUUACAAUGAAGGUUCACGAAAUUUACAGGACCUCAAAAUUGAUAAAAUCAAUGAAGGAAAAGUAUUUAUAUAGUUGACUAUAUGUGUGUGAUAUAUAUAUAUAUAUAUA